CCUGUCUCCUCCACUGAUCCAGCCUCGGCACACCUGCGCACCACAGGCACCGCGGACCAGCCUCCUUCAGUCUGAACCAAGAUGAGCCCCAAAAAUGUGAUUUUCAAGAAGGUUUGCAAGGACAAGUCGGUUGGAGUCUACAUGGGUAAAAGAGACUUUGUGGACCGUGUUGAUUCUGUGGAACCACUGGAUGGCGUCAUCCUCGUUGACCCGGAGGCCCUGCAGGGGAGGAAAGUGUUCGUCACGCUGUCAUGCACCUUCCGCUACGGCAGAGAUGACAUGGAUGUGAUGGGAAUCGCCUUCCGCAGGGAGCUGUACCUGGCCACCCGGCAGGUGUACCCGCCCCUGCAGGACCGCGAGAAGGGUAUCCACACCAGAGUCCAGGCCAAGCUCCUGCGCAAGCUGGGAAACAACUCAUACCCGUUCUUCUUCGAGUUCCCCGAUAACCUGCCGUGCUCAGUGGCCCUCCAGCCAGCACCCAGCGAUGUCGGAAAGCAAUGUGCUGUGGAGUUUGAGAUUAAGGCGUUCAGCGCUGAGAGCCAGGACACCAAAGUACGCAAACGGAGCACAGUGAAGCUGAUGCUCAGGAAGGUGCAGUACGCUCCGGAGGGCGAGGGGAUAGCGCCCUCUGUCGAGACCACCAGGGACUUCGUCAUGUCGGACAAACCGCUGCACGUCAAGGCCAGUUUGGACAAAGAGGUUUACUAUCACGGUGAGCCCAUCAAAGUUACCGUUAGCGUCACAAACAACUCCAGCAAGAACAUCAAGAACAUCAUCCUCUCCGUUGACCAGAUUGCCAACGUGGUUUUGUACUCCAAUGACAGCUAUGCCAAAUGCGUGGAUAUCGAGGAUUCUGGGGACUCGGUGUCUCCUGGAGCGACGCUGCAGAAAGUCUACACGAUGCUGCCUCUGCUGGCUAACAACAGGGAGAGGAGGGGCAUCGCUCUGGAUGGCAAACUGAAGCAUGAAGACACUAACCUGGCCUCCUCGAGCAUUGUCAAAGACGGCGUGCUGAAGGAGGUUCUGGGGAUCAUGGUCUCGUACAGAGUCAUGGUGAAGCUCAUCGUUGGAGGGAUGAUGGGGUCGAGCGAGGUCGGUCUGGAAGUUCCCUUCAAACUGAUGCACGCCAAACCAGAUGCAGUGAAGGAGAGGUAAAUAUGCCAAAUAAUUUCUGUUUAUC